GCUUUUCAAUUCCUGGAUGGCAGCAGAGUGCUAAUCCAACCUUCAUCCUGGAUUUCAUAAACUGAAACAAGGGAGGCUGGCAGGAGCAGCACUGCCGGAUUGAGGAAGCUGACGACGGUGCAGCAUGUGGGCAACACACUGUAUAAAGCUCAUAAACUUGUAGGCUGAUGAGUGCAGCUACCACUUUGGAUUCUGUUCUGCUGCUUCCCUCAGCACAAAAGCACCAGCAGGCUGAGCGUUAAAGCCUGCUCUUUGAGACGGAGCUUUUACCCCUGCAAGACAUGAAGGUCUUCCUGUUUCUCACACUCCUCCUGAUGCCUGUGUACGCUGGAGCUGCUUGGAGUGCGAAAUACGCAGUAGAUUGUCCUGAGCCCUGUGACAGUAACGCAUGCAAAAGUACCUUGCGCUGUAAGCGAACAGUGCUGGAUGACUGUGGCUGCUGCAGAGUGUGUGCAGCUGCUCUGGGGGAGACUUGCUAUCGUACGGUCUCGGGUAUGGAUGGUGUCAAGUGUGGUCCUGGGCUGAAGUGCCAGUUUUACACUGAGGAGGAUGACUUUGGUGAUGAAUUUGGUAUCUGCAAAGAGUGUCCCUAUGGUACCUAUGGAACGGAAUGCAGGAAAACCUGCAACUGUCCCUCUGGCAUCUGUGACAGAGUAACUGGCAAGUGUCUGAAGUUCCCAUUUUUUCAGCUGUCUGCUUCAAAACCUACAAAUCGACGAAAAAUAGUUUCACACACAGACAGUGACAUGGCAUCUGGGGAUGGAAACUCUGUAAAAGAGGAAUUCGUUAAGGAGAAAGUUAUUCGCCCUCCAGUAAUGAAAUGGCUAAAUCCUCGCUGAUAUUUACUUACACGCAUAAGACUUUCGAGUGAAUGCAUUUCUCACAGAUUAUUGAAUAUGCAACAACACACUUUAAGAACAAAGUAGAUCUAUAGCAUAUGAAAAUGUAACCUCUGAAGGCCAAUUGUGACUUUGUUUUUCAAGAGAAAAAUGUUUACUUAAAAAUAGACUGCACAGUGUAUAUGAUUUUUGAUAUUUGUUCUGAUAAGUAUUUGAAUGGAGAAAUGUAUUGGGGAUUACUGAAUGUAUAGUAAUAUUAAAAAACCAACAUGAUUCAACUGUCCUCAUUUAAAUAAUGCCAGAUUCCAAGUCUUGCAGCCUGAGGCCAGAAAAGCUCUCACUGAAUUCAGUGGACUGCAUAAGUGAGUGAAAUUAUUGGUGUGAAGCCAACAUGAAAGAAGCACACAUCAACAAAUCCCAGGAUAGAAAGCAAUGCCCCUGAGUAACUAUAAUAAUAAUAAUGUAGGAAUAUAACAGCGUGAAUUAAAUAAACCAACAUUAGUCAUUCCUCAUUUUCUGGUUUUUAGAAAUUUGGUGACAAUUCCUCAGAGGCAAAUGUGCCUUUCUUCAGUGAAAAAACACCCAGCAUUUCAGUUUAUACACUAUGGAUAACUUAGCCACAACACUUCUUACAUAUAUUGUGUUGAAAUGGAUUUCUAAAGUUAAAUUCUGUCCAGAGAAAUGGCAGCUUGGUAGUUACACUGAUUUGUAAAAGUGAACCUGAAAUAAAACAAGCUGCUUAGCAUUAUUUAAAGAUACAAAUUGGUGUACCUAUAUCAGAGUGAACCUGGAUUGCAUGAAUUUAGGAUCUGUCUCGUAACACAGAGCACUCUCACUUGAAAUGUGUUUUGAAUUUAAUAUUUGCAUUGAAGUCAAUGUGAACUUUGACAGUGACUACAGUGAAAGAAGGAGCACACAGCACGGCAGCCAAAGUUUGGUGCAAAAUCUGAAAACAUACCUUUGAAAUGAUGAAUGACAGAACCUCCAAAGCCUUUAAAGAGUCUAAAUCCUGAUUGGAAGCUGACAUAGGUGGAAGCCUGCUGCCUUCACCUGAGAAAGCAGUGCUGAACCAUGCUGCUCUAGAACAAAAGGAUGAUGACAGAAGUACACAUACAAACACCAGUACAGCCUUGCAGGCUCUUGCCAUGAUAAUUGGAAAGACAUGAACAUAAAUCUACUGCAUAAUCUACCAUAUUUUAACUUGUAUUGAAUGUUUAGUUCUGAGGGGGAGCAAUAUUAUCCUGGGAUAUUCACAAGCAAGCCUGUUGAUUCUCAUCUACUGAUAUCAAAAGCAAUAUUUUCCUCGAUUUCAGUGAAAGCAGUAUCAAACCCACAGUCCUUCAGCAGACUGAGGAGAAUUAUUUAAAGAAUGUAGUAAAUAUUUGCAUACAUUAAUACUAUUUUACAAGUGUCAUAAAUGACAUUACAAGUUCUUGAAUGUAAAUCUAAUAAGCUGGUUGGUUUUAAAAAGUGUAUGAUUAUUAUUGUUCAAUAAAAA